UGCAGAUGGAAUGUAGCUCGCUAGCCUUUCAUGCUAGCCUCAGCAUCGCAGUAAAGUUUGACAAACACGUCAUGAGCGGCUCGAACCCGCCGCCAGCGCUUCACUGAUAACACAUGCGCUUCAGCUCAACUGCUCAGCGAUGAACAUUGAUGACAAGCUGGAGGGGAUGCUGAUGAAAUGUGGCCCUGUGGGACUUCACCACUCAUCCAGAGGAUUGGGACCCUCAAGGGUGGAUGGAAGAGGAAGAAGAGGCAGUUUGGAUAUGACACUUGGGGAACGGAGCUUGGCUAAUCAUCCCCUUUUGGCUGAGGAUGAUGAUGACGAUGAUGAUGAUGAAGACCUGGCAGGUGGAGGCCUGACCUCACAUGAUCUGAUAUCCCAUAAUGACCUGAUGGUGCAUGAGGAGACAGUGAAAAAUGACGGACAGGAUGAACCAGCUUUCUCACAGCGAAUCUCCCAUAAAAUACAUUAUACACUCAACAUGCCAGUCAGUAUAAAGCAGGAGAUGAAAGUACCAGACUCACUGGUUCUUAAUAAAAAGGAGAAGAAACCAGGGGAGGGACCCAUCCGAUGUCACAAAAAAAAGAAGAGAAAGCAGCGCUCCCCUGCAAAGAUUCUCACUAUUAAUGAAGAUGGCUCCCUUGGGCACCAGAACCCAAAAACUCAUGUCUGUGAGCACUGCAAUGCUGUUUUUCGGACAAAUUACCAUUUACAAAGACAUGUCUUUAUUCACACAGGUGAAAAGCCUUUCCAGUGCAAUCAAUGUGACAUGCGCUUUAUUCAGAAGUACCUGCUUCAGAGGCAUGAGAAAAUCCACACAGGAGAAAAACCAUUUCGCUGUGAUGAGUGUGGAAUGAAAUUUAUUCAGAAAUACCACAUGGAGAGACAUAAGAGGACACACAGUGGGGAGAAGCCUUACCAGUGUGACUACUGCCAUCAGUUUUUUUCCAGAACUGACAGAGUACUGAAGCACAGACGAAUGUGCCAUGAGAAUAAGGACAGGAAGGUGCAGAAAGUAGCUGCCAAAGAUGGCCCUCUUCGCACACCAGAGAGCUUGGGCUUCGCUUUUCCUGCCAAGGAAUGUACCCUUCCCAAGAAAAAACGUCAGAAGACCUCUGAUAAAAGUCGGGUCUUGCUCACAAGUCCCACUAUUGACAAAGGGGUUGAAGGUGAUAACGAGGAGAAGACGGAAGACCAACUUGCCAAAAGUGAGUGUCUUCCUCUUUACGCUGUAGCCACCAAGGUGAAGGACGAGUACGUAGUUACAGAUUAUUCCGUUGAGCUCCCCGAUUCCCCGCCAGGUAACAGGCAUCUUGCAGGGGAGGAGUCUAACGAUGAGAUAAUUAGUCCUCCGAAACUGGUGCUGAAGAAAAUCGGCAGCAGGAAAGGUUUGAAACAACAGGCUCUAGAACCGUCCCAGAAUCUCUCUCCCUUGUCCUCAUUCGAAGAUAGUAAAGUAACGAGAUACACGUUUGAGAUUGUGGACAACAAAGGCCUGUUAGAUGUCGAGACAAAUCCUGACAUGGAUUCGGUUGAGACCCUACAAGGAGGACAAGCAAAACCAACCAGGAGCAGCACAAACUAUGACGACGCCAUGCAGUUUCUUAAGAAGAAACGAUACCUCCAGGCGGCCAUGGCUAACACCAGUCGAGACUAUGCUCUUAACGUGAGCAGCAUCGUGACGCAGCCCUCCGUCACUCAGGCAGCUGUAGCGAGCGUCAUUGAUGAGACCGUUCCCGCCACGAUCCUCUCUGAGACUCAGACACUGAACGUGGAGAUCAAGUCCAAUAGCGAGAAGAAUGUCCUUCCAGACGAGGUCCUGCAGACGCUUCUCGAUCACUACUCCAAUAAGGCUAAUGGGCAAGCAGAGAUUUCCUUCAGCGUGGCGGACACCGAGGUCACGUCCAGCAUCUCGAUCAACUCUUCCGAUGAGAGCAGUCCCAACGAGGCUUUGGGAACCAGCUCGCAAGCGCCUCCGGCCGAGAAGGCCAGCCUUCUGCAUGAGUAUUCCAAGUUUCUCCAGCAAGCUCUGGAAAGGACCAGUCAGAACGACACCUACCUGAACAACCAGAGUCUUACGUUUGUAAAUGACAGUGCCAGUCUUGCUGGCCAGCCUUUGUUUUCCACAGAGAAGCAGUUCACUUCCCCAUCCCGGUUCAGACCAAGCAUGAACUCUCCAUUGAGAUCCACCUUGGAGAAACCUAACUUUAGCCUUUUAGUAGAUUCCCAACACUCCUUUUCCUUUUCAGGGGACGAGACGAACCCUUCCUCGGUUUCACCGACGGAGGACUUCCUCGACCAAGUAACCUCUCCCAAAAAGACAGACGCGCAAAGCAUCAGUCAGACAUUUCAGAUCGCUACUUUCGACCAGAACUUUCGAUCUCAAUUCCCGAGCUCACGAUCUGGAAUAUCCUCACAGUUUAGCAUUGCAAGUGGACAAGUUAGCUUGAGAGGUCAUGGUGGAACAGACUUUCCAGAGUUCUCUCUUGUUAAUGAAACAAGAACUCAACUAACUUCAUCUCCGGAUGCUACAAGCAGCCAAACAUUUGGCUAAACAAGAGCUUUUAACGAUUUGAAGCAUUUUAAAGGCACUUUAUAGUUCUGUCAGUGAGGGCAAUGUGAUCUCUGUGCAAAUACUUAUGAUUUUCCAUCUUUAAGCAAUCAUGCACGUGUGAGAAUUAAAGUAGUGAUACACAUGGUAGAUUUCAUUAUCAGCACUUCUAUUGGAGACUAUGGAAUACUUUGUAUGUGUCAUUGCAUUAUUUGUGCAUAACAGCCAUGAUCAAACGAAUUGGCAGUGCUAAAUUUCGUGUUUUGCUGAGUUUGCUGCUUCAGUAUUUUGUAGAUUAUUUAAUCACGUUUCUAUGGUUUACUGGAAAAGCAUUUAAUAAGUUUUAAAUGCUUUAAUUGGUAAAACAUUCAAUAUAUACAAGAUAGUCAUUCAUCUUUAUAACUUCUGCAAUUCGCUCUGGCCAAAUCCUGACUGAUGGUUAUCCAUUCUUGCCUUACUGGUGCUCAGAGUCGAUAACAAUGUGGGCCUUUGCUUGUUCACUUGCCUUUUGAGGAUUGACCACAGGUUCUCUAUAGGAUUAGAGGAGUUGCCUGGCCACAGAUCCAAAAUUUCAAUCUAAUGAUCUCUGAGACACGUCAUUUUCACUCUUACCUUAUGGCAUUGUGCUCCAGACAUGCAAGAAAAUGCAUGGAUAAUCAACAAAUUGCUCCUUGGUCGUUUUAAUACCAAUGUUUAUUCCUGGCAGUGUUUCUGGCCAUAAUUUUGAGAGAGCCCAGCCCUCUCCCUUGGAUGAAAAGCUACCGCACACAUGGAUCCUUCACUGUUGGCAUCACACAGGACUCAGAGUAGUGUUUUCCGGACAAUCGAUUUACCAGAUGUCCAAAACAGUCGGAAGGGGGCUUCACAACUGUGCACCAAUCUUCUGCAGUCCAAUCCUUGUACUGCCUGCAGAAUUCCAGUCUGUCAUUGAUGGUUUUCUUGGAUAGAAGUGAAUUCUUUGCUGCCCUUCUUGACACCAGGCCUCUGUCCAAAAGUCUUCACCUUACUGUACUUGCAGAUACACUCACACCCACUUGUUGGCAAUACUGAGCAAGCGCUGCACUAGUAAUGAGUUGAUUCACUCUGGGACAUCCCAAAGCCUUCUUAACUGCAGGUGAACCUCUCUCCUUGAAGGUCUUGAUGAUCCGGUAAGUGGUUAUUUUAGGUGCAAUGUUCUUUGCAGAAAUUUCCUUGCCUGUAAGGCCAUUUUGAUGCAAAGCGAUGGUGGCUGCAUGUCUUUCUUUGGAGGUAACCAUUGCUAACACAAUGAUUUGAGGCAGUUUUUCCACCUUUUAUAACAAUCAGUCUGCUCUUAUAAUCCAAUCAGAAUGAUAGAGCUAGUUUUUGAUGUUAGCUGGUCAUUUUGUGGCCAAAAAGCAGUGAAGUUUGGCUUAAAGGGAUACUCCACUUUUUUUGGAAAUAGGCUCAUUUUACAACUCCCCCAGAGUUAAACAGUU